AUGCAUGCAUCUAGGCCUACCGGUAUUCUCACACGUGGUCGAUCACUUUGUACACAAUUAUAUCACGUGACUCAGUGUGUUUUGGUGGUGGCGACGUUUCUUCGCCACGAAGUUUCUCCGUUUUUCGACCGAGUUUUUGGUUUUACUGGAGUACCAUUCAGGAUGAGGAACUGGGUUGAUAGGAAUGCGUUUGCGUACUCCAUGACCUCCCUGGCCGCUGUGUUGAUGAACUCUAUCUUCCGGUUCUACUAUGUAAGACUUUUCACCGAUUACUACCACAUAUCGGAGUCAUGGUUCCACGUGGCGCAGGUGGUCUACAUGAUAUGGAACGCUGUGAAUGAUCCAUUGUUUGCAUACUGGCAAGACAACUCCAACAUCAAGGCAUUCCGCUCCCGACGUCAUGCCAUCAUGUACGGAGCGCCGCUGUUUGUCGUCUGCUUUCUCCUGCCGUGGUUUCCUUGGAAGACCUACGAAGCCAAUGAAUGGAUAAUUGGAGUCCAUCUCACAGUCUCACUGUGCUGCUACGAUGCGUUGUUCACCUUCGUGCUCUUGUCGCACUGUGCCCUUUUCGCCGAGAUAUCCACCCGACACGAGGACCGGGUGAGAUUGACCAGGUACGGCCAAGUGGCUUCCAUCGUGGGCUCAACGUCUGUUCUCUUUAGCCAGUUUGUAUCUGACAACUUGAACAACUUCCAUGCAUUCCAGCUCUGGUGUGUCUUUGUAGCCUUCCUCAGUUGGGCUGCAAUGCAUUACACAGGGCGCAACGUGAGGACACGGUUUGAACUUCAGCCAUCGGGUCUGGGGGCUUCUGGACAUCUGAGCAUGGAGAAGAAAUCCUUGAGCCCCACUUCGCAAGAUGGCUCUCUCUCACUAUCAUACAGCCAGGCCAAACAGAUCAUCUUCAACAGGAACUUCUUGAUAUUUGUAUUCAUCAACUUUUGUCAGAUAUUUCACAUGGAUUAUGGAGCCAACUUCCUGGCCGUUUUUGUCGCCCAACUCAUUCCAGAGACGGACCUGUCUCAGUUCAUCAGGAAAGCUUUGUUUGGUACCACCUUUAUCCUUCCUCAGUUCUUAGUCUUAUUGCUGAGCAUUUUUGUCACACGGUGUGGUUAUUACCGGAUCAUCGUCUGGUCAUUCUACUUCAAGAUCUGUUCAGCAAUCCUCAUGUUCCUGAUAGGAGCGCAGCAUACACACAUCAUGGUUUUCUUCUUUAUAAUGGACAGGAGCCUUCCUGAUGCAAUAUUCUCAUUCUUCAAUCUUUGUCUUUCUGACAUCAUUGACGAGGAUCAACUAAGAAACGAGAGAUCGAGUCCUUUGUCAUCAAGCGUCUUCGGCUACAAUGCCCUCUUCACGAAGCCAGCUUCCUCCCUAGCCCCUAUGAUGGUAGUAAACAUCCUCAAUCGCUAUGGUUACCAAGAACUACAGGAUGAGAAGCUUUCACUCCAACACACCACCGAGCUCAAAGGAACCAUGUUUAUGCUGGCUUGUUUCAUACCCAUCAUCAUCGGGUCACUACAACUCCUUGUAUGGAGAAAUUACACCAUCCGUAGUAGUCAUAUUACUGUUGCCAAGCAUGUCGAAACAUAGUUCAGCUUACGUCCGAGCCCCGGGAACGAUUAUUGUAGAGGGGAUGCUAGUUAUGAAGAAAAAAUGACAAGGUUUUUGCUCCAAAAUGAAGUGGAUUUCAGUCAAAUUUCUACUUUUGAGCACACAAACCUGAUUUCCAGAGGUGUUGUGUAUGGUGUAUGUCGCACCCACAGACAAAUCAGGGGUGCUUGCGUCGUGUACAGGUAAUUUCGCCCCAAUUUGAAUCUCCUUACAUGUCUACGGUAGAAUUUGAACAUUCCAUCUGUAUAUUGAAGUUUUUUUUAUUCUGUUAGGAUAAUAUGUGCCUGUAAAGGACCUAAUGGUGAACUCAUAGCAACACCAUUUCUUUGUUGAUAAAGUUUGCCAUUGCAUAAUUUGUCUGUAACAACAGAAAUAUGCUCAGGGGUGUUGUCAACAUAUCUAUGGUAGAAUAUGAACAUUCCAUCUUCUAGAUAAAGUUUGCCAUUUGCAUUGAAUCUCCUGGGAGUUCUGUUCUGUUGAACUUGGGAAAAGAGAUUCAACUUUGAAAGUGUAUAUUACACCUUUUUGCAUGCUAUGGGGCCUGUGACAUAACUGAUACAAUUUCCAAAAGAAUGAUGCAAUGUUAACUUGAAGACAUCGGGUAUCGGGUAAAUAUGAAGAAUGAAGUUAAAUUAAGAUCUUAUAGUUCUGCAUCUUUUAAGUGUACCUGAUAUUUAAAGUGUAUUGAUACAAACGACUGUUUAUAAUUUUCAGGCUGAGGAUGAGGUUUGAUUACCUUGAAAUCUAUUCCGUUCAUUAAAAUCAUCUAUUAUUUUUGUGGGUGUAUCGUCUAGUGGUUCUGACUCUUGCCUUCCAAACAGAGGGCAAUGCUUUCAAAUCUUAGCCAUGGCGUGGUUUCCUUCAGCAAGGAAUAUAUCCACAUUGUGCUGCACUCAACCCUGGUGAAGUGAAUUGGUACCCGGGAGGAUUUAUUCCUUGAAUGCACUGAGCGCCGUUGAUGGUAGCUCGAGCUAAAGCUGGGUUUAUUAUAGUA